GAAAUUUGGUUGAAAACAAAAAAAAGUGCAAUAUCUAAAGUACUGAAUGAAGGGUACUGUUUAAAUGUGGCUUUGAUCUAAGUUCUGCUUAAAAUUUUGGUUCUAGGGUUGCCAGCAAUGGCAAAGAAGGGAAAAGUGAGAUGCACCAUGGAGAAUAAGCCUGUUGUGGAGGAGAAUGGCUCAAACAUGGGUAUCGGUGCAGCAUUGCUGGCUGCAGCCUGUGCUGCUACCAUGUCAAGCCCAGCCAUGGCUUUGGUGGAUGAGAGAAUGUCCACUGAAGGAACGGGGCUUCCCUUUGGGUUGAGCAACAACCUCCUUGGGUGGAUCCUGUUUGGUGUGUUUGGACUGAUUUGGGCUUUUUACAUCGUUUACACUUCCUCUCUUGAGGAGGAUGAGGAAUCCGGAUUGUCGCUCUAAGCUUAAAGUCGCCUAAGUACCAAAUCCUCUUGCUUCAUAGUGUUUGCUGCAAAUAUCAUGUUUAAAAGGAAUGUAGAAAACCCAAUAUAUUGGAUCUCUCUUCCCUCUUUAUAUUCACUGUGUGCAUUAGUAUCUGGUAAUUCGCAUGUUAGUAUCAU